AUGGUCUCAGAAGCGCGCGCUAACGAACUGCAAAACCUUACAGUACCAAAGCUGUCAAUAACACGCGACGGCAGCAAUGGCAGGUGUGGUGCCGUGGCAGUAGUGGGACAGCUCUGGACAAACAAGGAUGACGAGAUGCAUGUGGAGUUCCACGGGAGGUGCACCCACGUCGACACUCCUUACCAGUCGCAGGAUGGACGUCGGAGCCGUGCGCUCACCAAGUUCUGCAUCGAUGUAGCCCAUACGGCGUGUGAACCUGGUUCAAAGCCUCAAACUCUGAGGGGUGCGUUGCUGCAAGUCUUGAGCAGGGAAAACCCUGACAUCAUCAACUGUGGGAAUACGGCACUGCAGCCAUCUGUGGAUGUCAUACGGAAGGAACUGGCGAAACAGCAGAAGGCGCGUACAUCCUUGUGGGAAUCCUCCCCCGCCGGUUCCAUCAUGGGCACUGUGACCGAGAUGCAAGCUAUUAUGGCUGCACGGCACGCUGACACGCUCACGCCUGCGAGCAAGAAAAAGGCAAUGCAUUGGAAUCUACUUGGGUACAUAUUUCACGUCUCCACCGUCCCCGCCCAAGUCAUAACUCGGACCUUGGAAGCCAUGUCGGUUUACCAUGCGCUGGAGAACGACCUACGCCUGGCCGUCAGCCCAGUCAUGAUCGACAGCUGCAGCAACCUGACUGGGACGCCGGUUGUAUUACAGCGUGUGCACCAUGUCGAGACGAAUGCCGCAGUGUUCGAGACUUCCCUGACUGAACUUGCGAAGGCGUGUCGCUUAGUACGAGGCCAGGGCGGUGCUAAGCUCCCUCCCCUAAUCUUCACCGAUGACUGCAAGGCUACACGGAAAGGCCACGCAAUGGCAGACGGAUUCGAGAACAUUGCGGCCCAGCUCCAGUACGUGCGUGCGGAGAUGGAACGCUACGAGCAGGCCAUCAAGGCUGUCGUGGCGCAGCUGCAGCCUGCAGGGGUGUACCAGUACACCAAGUAUCCAUCGGCGGAAAAUGAUGCACUCUUCACAUGGCUGGCGUUGCUCGUAACAGGCCAGACGGACCUGGACGGCAUCCAGGUGCUCACCCUUCAGCCGGUGCUCCCCAUAGUCCUGCAGGACGGUGGGUCAAAAGAUAACCCUGUGGGGUCACCGGAGGACAGGGCAGACCUGGCUGCUAUGCACGGGGAUGCACUAGCUAAGUUGUGGAGGCGAAUGGUGGACCUCGGUGUGACGUUUAAAGUGGUGUCAGAGCUGACGAUGAUUAAACGGCCAACCGUGAUGGCUGGAAAGGUCGUCCCAAGCCUGUGCGCUUCACAUGUGGUCCGCAGCCGCUUCCAGUACCCGCUGCACAGCCCCUUGUUCGCAUCUCUGAACAAAGCAGGCAGCUUCUUCGCACACCAUGAGUAUGGCCCUUUCCUUAUCGUCCGUCCGGGGACUGCAGCCGACAAGAAGAAUAGCAAGCAGCCUGUGUACGUGUACGUGUUCCCGGUGGUCCUUACUCUGACCGAUAAGGUGUUCGAGGUCCGCAGGUACAGGAACGACGUUGCGGGUUAUGAGGAGGCCUGUGAGGAGCACAGCGAUGACCUCGUCCAAACAUUACUGUCCAGCGAGCUUGCCACAUCAACGGUGCCCAAUGGCAGCAUUCCGCUGGACGAGGAGUCCACCAUUGUGGAGCCGCUGCCAGCAAAAAGUGCUGCUGUUGGCGUUGGUGUGCAAGUAUCGAACCCCCUGUUCUUUGUGGUCACACGUGGGGGAAAACAGAUGGUGCCACUGGUGAUGUAUUGGACGAACCUUCGCCACGACCUCCUGGUGUCAUCACCCUUGGCGCAUACCAUGUUCCCAUCACUUGACCGUGUGCGGGACACGGCUAUAACCCUUCCACGUUCGAUCACUUGGCGCACCACCGGAGGUGUAGAGGCAGUCAACAACGAUUCAUCUGCAAGCAAACUCGGCUUCUCUGGGAAACCACGGCCCUUCCCAGUCAUGCUGACUGUCCUAGCCGCUUUCGACCGCCAGCAUGGGCGUCUGGUGUUGGCGGACCUCAUGGCGGCUGGGGUCCCACUUGCAAAGCGCAGCUCUCGCUCACUAAAGGCCAUGCAGCACCAGCACUGGCUCAACAACAGACCCCUUGAUGAGAUCCGGGCAUCGAUUGCCACCAGCAGCAAGGCAGCGACCGCCAGUGAUGUCAUGGGGGAUAGCAAGCGGUUGGCUGUGCACAUGGACGCGUGGCUCCUGAACGUAUUCUGUGAGGCUCCACUUGUCCUCAAGACUGUAGGGGAUGUACUGGUUCGCUGGGGUGUCAUGGAUCCCACAGGCCAGCCAGAUGCCGCUAACGCCGGCAGCAGCAGGCUCAAUUGGCACGUCGCGGACGGCAGCGGUGCUGGCAUGGCGGUAGGCAGCGCUGCCGCGGCGGGUGUGCUGCCACACGCGGUCGGCGCUUCACUGCAGGAUGCCGCUAACGCCGGCAGCAGCAGGCUCAAUUGGCACGUCGCGGACGGCAGCGGUGCUGGCAUGGCGGUAGGCAGCGCUGCCGCGGCGGGUGUGCUGCCACACGUGGUCGGCGCUUCACUGCAGGAUGCCGCUAACGCCGGCAGCAGCAGGCUCAAUUGGCACGUCGCGGACGGCAGCGGUGCUGGCAUGGCGGAUGUGGCACUUCCUGUUAUUAACAAGUCACGCAUGGAGCAAAAGGACGCCUCGCCGGUGGAAGCUGGCCUUGCAAACCCUCAAAAGCAGGGAGAGACAUAUGCAGUCGGCCUGCCACCCACCCACAUCACCCACCCACCCACAAUGCUUAAAUCCAUUCACCCAUGA